AUGGCGACUACCGACUUUCUCGGCAGGGCGAUAGAAACCGUCAAGAAGGCCAUUGAGGACGAUACCGCUCAGAACUACGAGAAAGCCUACCAGGGUUACUAUGACUCUCUCAACCUCUUCAUGCUAGCUUUGAAAUGGGAGAAGAACCCAAAGUCCAAAGAAUUAAUCCGCCAGAAAGCUACUGAGUACAUGGAACGUGCCGAGAAACUCAAGACCCACCUCGCGGACGACUCCAACAAGAAAAAACCGAAAGCGAUAGGCGCGAACGGGAAGGAAUCUGGUUCUGGAGGGAAGGGGAAAGGCGACGAAGAUGAUCUCGAUACCGAUUCUAAGAAGCUUAGAGGCGCAUUAUCCGGUGCGAUUUUGACUGAGAAGCCGAAUAUUCGAUGGGAGGAUGUUGCUGGUUUGGAACAGGCAAAAGAAGCCCUGAAAGAAGCCGUUAUAUUACCUAUCAAAUUCCCGCAUUUGUUCACAGGCAAGAGGAAGCCGUGGAAAGGUAUCUUACUGUACGGCCCUCCGGGUACCGGUAAGAGUUAUCUGGCGAAAGCGGUGGCGACGGAGGCGAAUAGCACUUUCUUCUCCGUGAGCAGUAGUGACUUGGUUAGCAAGUGGAUGGGAGAGUCAGAAAGACUCGUUAAACAAUUAUUUAGUAUGGCAAGAGAGAAUAAACCGUCAAUUAUUUUCAUUGAUGAGCUCGACGCCCUCUGCGGAAAUCGUGGUGAAGGAGAAUCAGAAGCUAGCAGGAGAAUAAAAACGGAAAUGUUGGUGCAGAUGGAUGGUGUGGGUCACGAUUCGACCGGUGUACUAGUCCUCGGGGCCACAAAUAUCCCAUGGCAAUUGGAUGGUGCUAUCCGUAGACGUUUCCAACGAAGAAUACACAUCGCCCUACCCGAUGCCGCGUCCCGCCAGCGAAUGUUCCAAAUCUCCGUCGGCUCAACUCCUUGCGAACUGGGACCCCAGGACUACCGACAACUUGGUAAAAUCUCUGAAGGUUACUCUGGCUCCGAUAUCAGUAUUGCAGUGAAUGACGCCUUGAUGCAGCCUAUUCGCAAAAUUCAGAUGGCGACACACUACAAAUGGAUCGAGGUACAAGAAAAAAUGAAGGACGAGAAUGACGAUAGGGAGGAGUGUGUGGUUAAGAGGAAGCUUACACCAUGUAGUCCUGGCGACAAAGGAGCUAUGGAAAUGACAUGGGUAGAUGUGAAGAGCGAGGACCUGGCCGAGCCCCCAUUGACGCUUAAGGACUUUGUGAAGGCUGUACAAAGUAGCAGACCGACUGUCAGUCAAGAAGAUGUUAAGAAGAGUAAUGAUUGGACUGCGGAGUUUGGUAGUGAAGGCGCGUAG